AGCAGCAGCGCGACUCCUGGUGAAUCUAUUUUUGUGACGAAGGAUUUUAUGCGAAUAUAUUGACAUUAUAAACUAUUGCAAAUCUAUAUUAACAUUAUUUUCCUGAUGUGAAUAGCAUUUGCUUUUUGGGAAGCAUUUUCACUGACUUAUGAUCUGUCAAAUACAGUAAAGAUGGCGACGGGGCCUGAACUACCGACUGAGAUGUCAGCGAUCAGCUCCAGUUCAGAUGAUCCAGUGAUCCGGAUUCUUCUGAUGGGCAGAAAGGGCUCUGGGAAAAGCUCAUCUGGAAACACUAUACUGAGAGGAAAAAAGUUUAAACUUAAAAAGGAGGAAGCUGAAGUUUGUGAUGCAGAAGCAAAGGUUGGAGAGAAGCAGGUGCAUGUGAUUGAUUGUCCAGAUCUACUGGAUCCAGAUCUGAGUAAAGAACGGCUGGAGAAGAUGAAAGAGCAGCUGGUCUCUCUGUGUGCAGCAGGUCUCAGUUCAGUUCUGCUCACCGUUCCUCUAGAGAAACCACUGGAAAAUGAGGAAGAGAUGUUGGAUUUUAUUAAGUGUCUAUUUGGUCCUGACGUCCAGAAGUACAUCAUGAUCCUGUUCACACAUGAAGAUGAUCUGGAGGAACUGGAUGAGACCAUUGAUGAACAUCUACAACACCAUGAGGAUCUCCAGCAGCUGGUGACUGCAUGUGGAGGAACGUUUCACUGUUUCAAUAACAGAAAUAAAUCAGAUGAUCAGGUACAAGAACUACUGCAGAAGAUUGGAGGAAGGAUGGAGGAAAACAGAGGGAAAUUUAGCAUGGAACGAAUGAAGAGGAGUGAAAGCAAGGACAUUGACAUGAAUUUUUCAGGAAGAAGUUCAGUGGAUGAAGAUCCAGAUGACAUUCAGAUUCCUGAAAGGAAAAACCAGAUCAGGCUGGUUGUGCUGGGAAAAACUGGAGCUGGAAAAAGUGCCACUGGAAACACCAUCAUCGGCAGAAACGUGUUUAAAUCCACUGUCAGCUCAAAGUCAGAAACAAAACAGUGUCAGUCAGAAACCAUUGAGAGGAUGGGCAAAAAUAUCUCAGUGAUCGACACACCUGGACUUUAUGAUACUGUACUCAGUAAUCAGGAGGUUAUUAAAGAAUUAGUGAAAUGCAUAACGUAUGCCUCUCCAGGACCGCACGCUUUUAUUAUUGUGAUUAAAGUGGGUCGAUUCACUGAGGAAGAGAAAAAUUCAAUAAAGGAGCUUAAAGAAGUGUUUGGAGAAAAAAUAGAAAAAUACACCAUGGUCCUCUUCACCCACAAAGAUCAGUUAGAUAAGAAAAAGCAAACCAUCGCUGAGUUUCUACAGGAAAGUGAUCCAGAUCUUAAGAAGCUGGUACAGAGCUGUGGAAACAGAUUCUUCUGUUUAGACAAUGAAGCUUCCAGUUACCCACAGUUCAAAGAUCUUCUGAGUAAAAUAGAGAUGAUGGUGAAUGAGAAUGGAGGCCACUUUACUAAUGACCUGUUUGAAGGAACAGAGAAAUGCAUUCGGGAGAUUCAGAAACAGAAACUGCGUGAGAAAGUGGAGCAGUUAAAACAGAAAAAGAAAGGGGGCUUUCUAACAGAAUGGCAGUCAAUGUAUUGGACUUUAGCAGAGGAGUCUCGAGAAGAAGCACUGCGUGUUAUGUUUAGUGAUAAGUACAUAGCAGCUAUAGCCAGACUCAUGAUGAAGGUGGUGGUGACUCCUGAGGAGAAAGAGAGUGCCAUAAAGGAGGCUGAGAGCUUAGGAAUCAGUCGUGCAGAGGCAGUUCAACUUGCAAUCAGAACCACAGGGAAGCUACUACAACAGAAGAUUUGUGGGAUUCAGUGAUAAACCUCAAUAAUAAUCACACACACAAGAUUACCGACAAACUUCUUCAACUAAACUUUUUAUUUUUUCUGAUUAAUGAACAUUUUACUUGUUGAUAUCUUGAAGCCAAGAUACUGCUCACUGUCAUUGCCAUUUUUGAUGCUUUCAUAAAUGCCUUUUUUGCUCUAUUAUUUUGGUGUUUGAUUAUACCUGUAUCAAGAGUGAAUGUGAAUCUGAAAUGAAUAUCAUAUCUGUAAACACCAAUGAAGAAAAGCAGUACAGUAACACUUCUCUCAUGCUGACAAACUGUACUGAAUAAGUAUUGCUCGUUUCAUCAUCUACUUUCAUCUACUUGUCAAUAUUUUUUAGUGCUGGCCAUAAAUGUGUAUGUGAUUCUACUGUAUAUCUCUUUUGUAUGUGUGUUUGUGUUCAUGUGUUUUGUUGUGCAGAAUGUUUUGUUGAGUGUAUUGUGUUUUUCCUCCACAUUUGUUUUAAAACAACCUUCCUACUCUGAACUGUUACAAAACCGUUUAAUUUGGAAACAGCCUUUUCAUUUUUAUUUUGCCUCUGUCCCACUUAAUUGGAGUGUGUUGAAGCCAUCAAAAUCUAAAUUCAUUUAGAUUUAUAAAAUGCUUUUAGUUGGUCAGGACAAACAUUGGAAAUAUUUUCUUUGUACUUCUGUCAAUUAAAUAAAAGUUAAAGAGA